CCUUUCGGAGUUCGAGUGCACGAACAACCGAAUCUCAGUGAAGCCUGCAACACGCUGUGGGUUUGGAGCGUUUGCGAGGUAUAGUGCUUCCGGGGCGUCGCGGUGCAUUGUGGUCAGAGAGACGUUGCGAAUUUGUGCUUCGCGCCUGAACGAGAUAGAGCGAGUUGCUAUGUCUCACACAAUUUUGCUUGUUCAACCUACCAAACGGCCAGAGGGCAGAACUUAUGCUGAUUAUGAAUCCGUGAAUGAAUGCAUGGAAGGAGUCUGUAAAAUGUAUGAAGAACACCUGAAGAGAAUGAACCCCAACAGCCCUUCAAUCACAUAUGAUAUUAGCCAGUUAUUUGAUUUCAUUGAUGAUUUGGCUGAUCUUAGCUGCCUUGUUUAUCGUGCUGAUACUCAGACAUACCAGCCCUACAAUAAAGACUGGAUAAAGGAGAAGAUCUAUGUCCUCCUCCGCAGACAAGCUCAGCAAGCAAGCAAAUAAUGAUACCACAGUGAAGGGGCUUGGGGGGCAUUAGACAACAGGUGUGUACAGUGUGCUGUAGUGAAAGUUUUGUAUUAUAGUUCUCCUGUUCAUUCCUGUUUGUCUAUAUCUAGGACUGAGUCUAGUAGAAUUGCAAGAGACUUGUUCAAUUUGAAUUUUUUAAGGAAAAAAGGAAGAAUUUGUUGCAGGCAUUUACUUUUCCUCCUUGCUUAAGUAACAGUUUUAUUUUGUUCAAAUCUACAGGAUUGUUCACAUCUGCUUCAUCACACUUGCUUUUCAAUGUUAUCAUUUGGAGACAGUAAGUUGUAGUGGAAAAUAAAAUAAAUGAUCUUUAG